AUGAGCCGCAGAAGACAAAGAAGCUACAUGAGCCAGACAACUACAGGAGCAAAAGGGGUUGGGAGGAGCCAAGAGCUACCAGGAGCUAAAGGGGACGCCACAGGGCCUCCGAGCUACAGGGAACCACAGCGCCCUGGCGCCGUGGCAAGAGCUCGGAGCAGAGGAGUACAAGGAGCCAUAGAGCUACAGGAGGCCCAGAGCCACAGGAGCCACAGAGCCACUGGAGUUGAAGUGAGCCACAGGAGCUCCAGGAGCCACCAAAACAAAGGAGCUACAGGAGCCACGACAUCUACAGGAGCCACAGGAGUGGAGAAGCAGAGGACUACAGGAGCUAAAGAGCACAGGAGCCAAAGGAGCUCCAGAGCACUGAGCCAGAGGACUACGAGGAGACACAGGAACCACGAGUUGAAAGGAGCCAACAGGAGCUACAGGAGCCAUAGGAGACACCGAAGCCCCAGGAACAACAGGAGUUGA